AUGGUUGGUCUCCUCGUUCCAUAUACCGAUAAACGCCUUCUGAGGCCCGGGUCAGAGGCAACCUCCACGCAAACCAAAGCUUCUCCGUUCGUCAUAUCCAUUAGAAAUGCUGGUAUUACUGGCUUGGACUCAGUAAUGAAUGCGGUUAUCAUGAUUUCAGUUCUCAGCGUCGGAAACUCAGCAAUAUACGGAUCUUCACGUACCUUAGCGGCGCUUGCGGAACAGAAGCAGGCACCCCGUUUCCUAGCAUAUAUCGAUCGCCGAGGAAGGCCUAUAUUUGCAGUUGGAGUUGCAUUUGCAGCUGGGAUGCUGUCUUUUCUCGCCGGAUCUAGCCACCGCGAUGAAGCAUUUACCUGGAUGAUUGCCAUCUCUGGCCUUUCCGCUAUCAUGACCUGGUCUUCUAUCUGUCUGGCACAUAUUCGAUUUCGCCGUGGAUGGCAUGUGCAAGGCCAUUCUCUGAAUGAGCUUACUUUUCGCUCUCAACCCGGCCUAGUAGGCUCUUACAUUGGCUUGGUUUUCAAUAUGCUAGUUCUUAUCGCCCAAUUCUGGGUUGGCCUUUUUCCUAUCGACUUGAAGGAUAAGUCUGCCAAGGGACAUGUGCAGAAUUGGUUCUCCGUGUAUCUUGCUGCUCCUAUAGUACUGGUUUUCUAUAUUCCUUACAAAUUAUGGUUCAGGACUUCCAUUGUGAGGUCGAAAGAUAUGGAUUUGAAAACUGGUCGGAGGGACCUGGAUAUCGGCGACCUCAUCGCUGAGGAAAGACAGUAUAGGGAACAGUGGCCGGCUUGGAAGAAAAUUUACAAGGUAUUCUGCUGA